CGCCGGGGCGGGGCCUGACGCGCGGCGGCGGCGGGGUUUGUUGGCGGCGGCGGCGACCUUGGUGGGGGGAGGGUCCCGCGGCCCGCCGGGAUGAGCCGGCCCUGGCAGGUGUUGCGCGCCCUGCGCCUGCGGCUCCUGGGGCCCGCCAAGGAGCUGGUGGGCACCGACCAGUUCGGCAACAAAUAUUACCGGGUGCCCAAGCACGAGACCCGCGCAGGGCAGAUUAUUCCGGAAAGAAGAUUUGUAGAAGCAAUAAAUCGUCAAGCAUAUCAAUAUGAAACGGGUGACUUUCCAACAGAAUGGGAAGCAUGGAUAAGAAAAAAAAGAAAUGAUCCACCCACCAUUGAGGAGAUUCUUAAAAAUGAAAAUUAUAGAGAAGAAAUGAAACAGAAAAUCAAAGAUGUAUCCGAGAAGGAUAAGCUGCUUCAGGCCAAGGAAUACAAGGAGGGACUUGUUGCUGGACCAGUUCAUACUCAGGUUAAGGGCCAUGCAUCAGCCCCUUACUAUGGAAAGAAGGAACCUUCGCAAGAUCCGACAAGCACUGCGAGUACCUUUCAGCCGGGUUCCUGGAUGCCACCAGGCAGUGGUAGCAGUCAUAAUAAAUAAACAGUUGUAAAUGUACAGAUAUCGCUAAUGGGUAAAUAUUUUGACAACAUAAAUAGCUGUUACGUAUAAGUGAGUGUGCAGUAAGUUAAUAUUAAAGCAUUUAUUUUUGCAGAACUGUUCAAAUAGGCUUAAUCACAACAAACUACUGUAAAAUGUUUGGGUUUAAGUAACAUCCUGGUUUUCAUAAGUUUGGUUUUGACAGUUGCUCUUCAUCAGUUACUCUCGAAAAAAAUCAUAGGUAGAAGGUUUUCUAGCUAAUUUAAUUAUAUUUUUUUUUCUGGGAAGAUUAAUUGAUUUUUUAAAUUGUUCUUCAUGUAAUAAACUUUAGUUAAUCAGCACUUAAAUUUUCCCAAACCUAGGCAUCAGUUUUAAGGUAGUUCUUCAGAGUGCUUGCUAAUUCCCUUGGCAGUGCCAGCAUGCUUCCCUCUGGCAAGCGGAUGGAAAAGUUGAUUUAAUUAACAGGAAUCACUAUGACUACACUAACUACGCACUGUAUUAAUCUUAGAGGCAUUCUUGUAACUUAGAAAACAAUCAACAUAUUCAAAUAAUGUUUGAUUUGCAGCCAGCAGUGAGCACAGGAUAAAAUCAGGCUGAGUUAAACUACAUAGAACUACUCUAACUGAGGAUAGAAGCACUUGAUAAAGCUGAUGGAAACUAACAGGGUUUGGGACAAGAGACGGACAUUAAUUAUAUUUUAGAAAAACAGAUUAGUUUUUAUUUCUGGUGUAUGUGGGGACCUCCCUAAAUGAUUAGAUCUAUUUGGCCAUAGUUUAGAUACAUAAAAUGUGCAGAUUAUUUGCUUAGAGAUGAUGUUUGAGAACAAGUCAAAAUAAAGACCACACAAUUUUUUGAAAAAAA